CAAAAUCCACAGUUUCAGCAGCAACGGCCAUCAAAACAAAAUCAGCCAUUCAGGAGACCUCCACAUUCUGAUUGGAGUUUAGCUGCUCGGACAUCAGAAGAGCAAAGGUCUAGACCGCAAAGACCUCCUGACUUUCGAAUUUGGGAAUAUGCAAAAAGAGAGCCACCUUCUGACUGUGAUUGGUGCCAUCUUUGCAGAGCAGUUUGUUAUUCUGUCAUACAACAUAUUGGCUGACUAUCUUGCAAUAAACCAUCGAAGCAAACUCUACUAUCAUAUACCUCGCCAUAUGCUGGAUUGGCAGUGGAGAAAGAGAAGUAUCUUAUUUGAGCUUGGAUUAUGGUCUGCUGACAUAAUGUGCUUUCAGGAGGUUGAUAAAUUUCACGACCUGGAGGAGGAGUUAAAGCCACGAGGAUACUGUGGCAUUUGGAAGAUGCGGACUGGAAAUCCAGUUGAUGGUUGUGCAAUCUUUUGGCGUGCUUCAAGGUUCAAGUUGCUUCAGGAAGAAUGCAUUGAGUUCAACAAGCUGGGGCUUCGGGAUAAUGUUGCUCAGAUAUGCGUGCUUGAGCUAUUGAGUGAAAAUGGGACUGGAAAUACAGCACAUCAAUCCGCCAGUUCAGCAGGUUCUAGAAAGAUCGUGGUCUGUAACAUUCACGUGCUCUACAAUCCUAAAAGAGGAGAAAUAAAGCUUGGUCAGAUAAGGGUUCUUCUGGACAGGGCUUAUGCUGUCUCCCGAGCUUGGGCUGAUGCUCCUGUUGUUCUUUGUGGAGAUUUCAAUUGUACUCCAAAGAGUCCUCUAUACAACUUCAUAUCUGAACAGAAGUUAAGUUUGUCUGGACUAGAUAGAGAUAAAGUAUCUGGUCAAGCCUCUGCAGAAAUUCGUCCAACAAUACCAGAUAGUCAAAACACUCGUGGUCAACCUCAGUUCCGGGUGAACUACAAUAAGCUAAAAGAUUCUACCUUGGAUGAGCAGAAGCAGAGGAACCAAGAUAACAAUAAGGAAAAUUCUCUUAACGUGUCUGACCCAUCUCAGCAUAGGUGUAUGGACAGUGAUCCAGCAUCCCCUGCUAGUUCUUGCACAAACAGGCAGAGUGCAAGUGAUGACAGCAAACUAAAUUAUGAACUGGGAAAAGACUCUGAACAGAAUCCAGCAGAUGAUGCUGCAAAUGAAAAUGGAUUACCUUCUGAUACUUAUUUGGACAAAGAACCAAACUCAAAUACUUUGGUUGGGGGAACUGUGUUUCCUCUCAAUGAUGUCAAGUCAGGCGAAGAUAAAUGUAAUUUUCAGAUGGCUUCUUCAUGUGUCACUGAGCUAUCUGAUCUAGAUAAUUUGCAAGCAAAAGAUUGCACAGAUGUUCUACCAACAUCUUCCUUUACAGGCGAAGACUGUACUAGGGUUGCUAUAGAUGUUGAAUCUCUAGAUUCAAAUGAUGCAAAGAUCACUUCGUUUGUGUUGUCAAGCCAAAAGUCUACUUCUGAUGAUGCAGAAACCGCUUCAUCAGAAGUUGCAGGGCAUGUAAUAUCUCCAUCAGUCAAUGACAAACAAGAUAAUCCUUCAACCUCACAUGGUGAGUUACUUGGGGAUACCGUGGAUGACAUAAUAGAUGAGGAACUGAAGAAUUUAUCUCUAUAUGAGCCAGAAGAAUCUAGCACGGAAGUUGGAUGUUCUUAUGAGGAUGAUGCCACAUUCUUAUCUGCAUUACACAACGUAGAAGGUGCAGAUUCCUCUCCUGGUAGUCGAAUUGUCAAGGAAUUUUCAUCUGGUUUGGAUUUUGAGCCUGUUGAAGGGGAGAUCUCUACUUAUGAUCCUUCAUUGUGGACACCAAUGGAGAUAGCUACAGCUACUGGCAGUGCAGAUUGUCUUUUUUUGGAGCAUCCCCUCAAACUUAAGAGCACAUAUGCAGAAGUAGAGGAUUCUUCUGGGACUAGAGACACAAAUGGGGAACCCAUUGUCACCAGUUACAAUCGAUGCUUCUUGGGUACAGUUGACUACAUAUGGCAUUCCGAAGGUCUGCAGACAACAAGGGUGCUUGCUCCUAUACCCAAACAGGCUAUGCAAUGGACAACAGGGUUCCCAACCAAGAAGUGGGGUAGUGAUCAUAUUGCCCUAGUUUCUGAAUUGGCGCUUGCAAAGGGUGCAGCCGAUCAAAGGAAUGAAGUUCAGUAAUAGACCAGCCUUUGGCACCUGAGAGUUGUAAAGACAUCUGAUUUAUCUUCGGCUCUGCAGCAUUUAGUUUCGGUGUUGGAGUUCAUUCCUGACUGUUUCAGGUUUCUUCUUCCUUCUUUAUGCAUUUUUGGUGUAUUUUUGGGGGUAGUCAUCACCUAGGAUUCCUUCUUAACAGAUUAGAGGAGAUUUUGAUUAGUCAAUUUGUCGUUUAGAUUUUCUGACACUGUUUGUAUAGUUGCAUAAGAAGAGUUCCUGAAGCUGGAAUGAAGGACAAGGAAUGUCUCAGGUCAAAAAGAAAUCUGCUUCAAAACUGAAAAACGUCUUCCAGGAAGCUCUGGAAGAAAAUCUUGUAGAUUUAUGUCAGUAUCUUUUCAUUAGAUGCAUUUAACAGCCGAUGGCAUCUGCAGUUCUUCUGGUCGACUGUUUUGCCGUCAUAUAAUUUAGUGUCAAUCAACUCUUCCUCUGCACAUAUCUCUGUAUUAAGACUUUCUCACCUGGGAUCGAGGGCUUUGUGGCCCAUGGGUAUCUCAAGUAGCAUCCAUAUGACCCAUUUUUAUCUGUGCAACUUGUAGGUUAGGCUUGGAAAACUAGCUUUCCUCAGUUAUUGUGAAGCCCAUCUCUCUGGAAUGUACAUUUAAGAAGCUUUGUCUCAUGUAUUGCAUGCAAAUGUUUAAUUUGGUUUA